AAAUUUAAGAAAAUUAAUGAUGGAGAAUAUGCACAAUUUUAAACUUGAAUCAUCCAAAAACUCUGUAAAUAAGAGUAUCGGAGACAUCAGCUUUGAUGAUGUCUCUCAAAAUGAUGUAAAACCAAAGAGAGUUAUUUUUUCCCGACCAUCUGGAGCUGGUUACUGCUCAGAAUUAGGUCUUAAUGAUAUCCUUUCGCCGCAGAACAACCCGUUCAAAAAGAGCAGUGAUGUAUUCCAAAGGUCCAAAAAGUGACCAAAAUGAGUCAAGCUAAUAAAACUUGUCAAGAAACUGCAAGAGAAAAAUCGAGACAAAAGAAACAAAUUUAAGAAAUACUGAAGUGAAAUUCUCACUCAAAUUCAAGAGGUAAUCAAGCCACGGCUUGAUAAGUACUUUAAUAAUCAGCAAAAGUAUGAGAACCUUCUGAAGAGUUUACUGAGCAAUACCCAGGAUAUCUUUACGAAUCUACAGCGGAAUCACCAGGUUGAGCUAGCGGAGUUGAUAUAUUCUGUCACAGAAAAACUUGUUAAGGACCUCGGAGUUCUGCAUUCCAAUUUGGAACAAAAUGAAAGGCUCAAGGGACAAUAUAAAGCAUCAAAAAUGUAUGAUUAUUUGCAUGCAAAUGAAGCUAAAUAUCAGAGGAUUCUCAAAGAAUACAAUCAGUUGAGCCAUUUAAAUGCAGGUAAAUCUCGAGGCGCUGCUUUCUGGAAGUGCUCACCGCUGUGGUUAUAGGAUUCAAGCGAGCCAAAACCUCAAGAUCACCCAUGUCAGUUCCAACUCCUUUUGAGAUUACAUCUGAUAUCAAAAAGACUUUACUUAAUUAUGAUAACCAAAUUAAGAGCAUAUCUCAGAAGAUAAAGUCAAAGCAAAAUGUUCUUAAGGAAAUCGGGAUUAAGAGAACCAGGCUAACUUCUUUCCUUGCUAAAAACAACACUGGUGAGUCUGAGCAGAGAGAGACCCCUAAUACCAAGCCUCUGCAUCACCGAAGUUUAAGCAUGGUUCUCCCACAUAUGAAAGGUCCGAAAUUUAACUGAAUCAGAAAGAAUAGUAUUGAUGAAAACCUGAACUCUUCGAAUACUUCGAAUCGCAGCAUGCUGAUAGGGUACCAUAAAGGUAUUAAUAGUGAAAUAGAGCUGAAAAUGACAAUGAAAGGCCUCAAAACCAGCAUUGAGCAUGAAAUCAAGUCCUUAAUUCGCCGCAAAAAGGAACUAGAGAAGAGGAAAGAAUUUGAAGAAUCCCAAAUUAAUGAUGUGAGCGCCAGUUUUAUCUCUUACGAAUCGAAGACAGUUAACAUGGAGAAACAGAAGGGAUCUGUGCUUCUUCAGAAUUCAUUCCUUGAGAACGAACUGAAAGAAAGAGAUAGUGAGGUUAGCGAGCUUGUGAAAGAGAUUAAUAAUAAGUAUAAGAACAGGAAGAAGUUAUCGGUCUCGCUUAACAUUUCAAAUUCUGGGCUGAAUAUAGAAAAGAAUCAGAGUAUAGACCUGAAGAAUGAACAUGUGGCCAGUGGGGGUAUUACACAGGAUACGAGGUUUCAAACUAAUGAUUCUGCUCGCGAGACAAGUGAGAUUAUGAAGAACUUCUUCUCUACUUUUUCUAACAAGCUUGAGGAGGCCCUCGUGUCUCAGAAGGUCAAUAGCACAGAUGAAAAGAAGGUUAAUACUCAGAGAGUGAAUAAGAGGGAUAAAUUUAUGAUGCCUGAAUCUCCCUCCCUUUAUGGAAUAGAAGCCGAUUUAUUUUCUGAGAGGGAAAUCAAUGAGGAAAUGCUUAAUAUUGACGAUUCGCUAUCAGAUGUGCCGGUUAAGGAUUGUACAAACAUUGAGGAGGGAUUCGAUAUUAGCAACAAUCUCUCAAUUGAGGAAUCAGAGAUGAUCCUUGACAAUUUGGAGUUUCUAUCUCCAAUGAUGAAAAAGUCUUCUAAAGAUGUAAGCAAUGGCUCUGGAAAGGUAAAUGGAGCCACCCCUUCCUUUAAGCAGAAUUAUUUGCAAAGACAGAACGAGUUUAAGCUUGCCAGAAACAGAGUGAAAAGUUCAAUAAAUUUCGAUGGUCAUUCCAACGUCCCUCAUUUUGAAUUGGGGAAUAUCCCGGAGGAAAUUGAUGAAAGCAAGAAUUUUUCGGAAACUACUCAGAACAAUUUUGGAAAUUGUUCAAAUUCUCGUGAAAACAGUGUUGUUAAAGAAGAAUUUAACUGGAAUAAAUCAGAAAGUCGAAGCAAGUCUAAUUCUGGUAAGAAGGUUUCAAAUUCGUCUGAUCAGGAAUUUGGCAAGCUAACUACCGCUUUUGAUAAGUUUAUGAAAGUAAAAUGUUCUGAACAGGUCAUCACUGGGUCGGGUGAGAGAUUGACUUUUAGUAAGAAGGAUGAAGGGCCAACUGUUAAUCAGGUGAUGACUCCUGAGAAGAAGACAAGAGAAAUUCAACAUCUUUUGGGUAGCGGAAAAUUAACCAAGAACCAGUCUAUUUGUAGUUCGAAGCAAUCAAGAAGUAUAUGAAAAAGAGCUCCGAGUAUAAGUUCUCAAAGCAGAGGGGAGAGUGUGGAGAAGCAGCAUACUUCCAGUUUUGGAGCUACUCCUUUGAGCACAACAGGAGAGAAGGAAGCAAGAUCUUUGAUUUAUCAAAAUAAUUCAACUCUGUAA